AGACGCAUCGAGAAUGUCAACAACAUGCCGGAGACUGUGAAAGAAACAGAAACUGAGAAGGGAAGGGGCGACAGACAACAAAGACAUCAAGGAAGCCAGUCGUCUCCUAACGUCGUGUCUUUAAUAUCUCAGUUCGCAGAUGAUAAUUUAACCCUUGUGCGGAAUAUCAGCACUGGACUGGCAGUGGCUGGUGUGAUUUUAAUUGCCAGGAGUAUAAAGCUGAUCACCAAAUUUCAAGCAGCAUCUGAGAUCCCGGCUCGUUUCAUUGAGAAGAACGUCAGCCUUCGCGGGAAAGUUCAUUCAAUCACAGACAAAGGCCUUGAAGUGGAGCACAUUCCCAUUCAUCUGCCUGUCAUUUCUCCAUUACUUACAAAACACAGCGGUGUGUGCUCAUCUCCUUUGCUGGUGCAUCUUGUAGGGGUGGAGAUGACACCAGAGGGGAAGGAAUGGCUGCAGAAGAACCUGCUCCCGGCUCAGACGGUUUGGCUAAAACUGAUUAGCCGAGAAGACGACAUUCUUCAUUGUUUGGUGUCCCAAAGCAGACAGGGGUUGCUGUGGAGCUGCUGUAUAAAUGAAAACAUCCUCAGGCUUGGUCUGGCUCGUACUACUCCUAUUACCGGGGUCCAGCCUGACUCUCGCCUCUACUGGCAGCUCCACAGGCGUCUCCACAGAGCAGAGGUCAAAGCUGAGAGAAAGGGGCUCGGCCUGUGGAAGGAGGACAGCCUAUGGGAGAGGGCCUCUAAAUCCAUCAGGGACAAUGCAUUAGUCAGACUGAUGAGGAGGCUUUUUAAGAGGACUUGAUGCACUAAGUGACUGAUUAAUUCUAAGCAUGAGCCAGCCAAAAGUUUAUUGGCUUAGAGUUCAGAAAUAUUCAAAACAUGACAAGGCACUUCAUCAUUUGUGGACACAUAUCCAGUUGGGUUCUCUUGGACUUGUCAGUUCAUGUCUUGACUCAUUUUGUGUGAAAAAAAAAAAACCCUCUCUAUAAGCUAAAAAAAUGAUCCCAUCCAUUACUUAUUCAUGUGGAACAAAUGCUUUUCAGGCUUUGAGUGCAUUUUAAUUUACCUAACAUAACUAUACGCUUGUUUGAAUCAAAGGUUUGUGGCUUGCAUAGUCUUCUCCAGUCUUAAGGGGUUUGAAAACAUUAAAAACCCUAAAAUCCUUACUCUUUCACUAACUGCGUUAAACCACAGCUUUCUCUGUUGGUUUGUGUGUCAGACACCCCACUAAACACAAGAAGGGGGCGGGGUAUGUUAAUGUUGUUCAGAAUGGGAGAGGAGGGUCCAGUUGUCCCUCAAUGAGAUCACUGUUGCUAUAGAAACACCAAAUGUGAAAUACAAAGCAAACCAAAGGCUAAACUCUAUAUUGGCCACUCUCAAACCCCAUGGGAGCCUAAAAUCUACUGAGUGUGUGAGGGGGGUCUUUAAGUGCCUGUAAAGAGGGUCCUUUAACUGCACUGCGACCAUAACAUUAGAUAUUUAAACAGUGAAAGCGAAGGGACGGGAGAUAAAGCCUGUGUACAGCUUCAGAUGUCACAACACUGGCUUUAUUGUUGAAAACAAAUGAAAAACAGGAAAAAGUAUGUUAGACCGUCAUUUUCAAUCAGUCCCUUUUGUUACAGUGAGUGCACAAGAACAUCUGCUGCAGACAGAAUCAGAUCCAUUAUCAGUAAACCCUAGAACAAAUUUCCUGCUCGUCCAGGAUUAGACUCAUGUGAUUGCAGUACAAGGACAAUACUGCAUGCUGUGGUUUGUCUGAGCAGGGCUGAGGAGGUGGGCCUGGGGUGGCCUGUUUGAGGCUCUGAUGAGUCCUCUGGGGUGCGAGGUGAGGAGGGUCUCAGAGGUCUCAGCCUGUGAGAGUAGUACUGAGUGCUCAAUCCAAUGGGGCACAAGGAGAUUAGUGCAGAGGGGAGGGGGGUCACAGGGGCACAAGGGGAUUUUGGGUCCGAGCACAAAGGCAGGAGAGGAGGAGUCACACUGGAAGGGAAAGGGAGUGGAUGAAGAGGUGGGGGUAGGGGGGUGAGGGGCUUGAUGAAUCAGCUAGUCUCCUCUUUUGUUGUGCAAAUGUUACUAGCGACUGUUACGGCUGUAGAGGCUUGUGAUUGGUGGGUCGGUUUAAAUUGUAAGGUGCAUUUCAGGCGGAUGGCUGUUACUGCCAGACUUUGAACUGUCACACAGGGAGGAGUAGGAGUGAAACCACGGCUGAGGCACACAUCAGCGUGAAGGCAGAGUUUCUGAUACGGGGGAUUACACAGAAUUUAAGCCGUUCACUUAAAAGCUUUUAACCCCAUCACACUUUUUUUUUUUUUUAAUUUAAUGAACUGAGUCAUGAUAUUUGCAGAUUGGAGUCCAUUCAAUAAUCACUAUUUGUUGACAGGGAAACAGUGUUGGAUGUUCUCUUACUUGUAGCCUCUUAAUCUGCAAAUUGUUAUUCAUCACUGCACACAUGAAAUUGUCAUUUAGAAGUCUGGUGAUAAUUUUGGAUGACAAGAAUAUAAUGUCAAAGGUGAA